UAUUCGUUACAGGUAGAAACGACGAUGUCGAGGACCUGGACCCUGACGUUCAGGAUUACAGCAACGCUGAGGACUAUAACGACGUGUACGACACCACCACCAAUGGAACCGACAUGGUAGUAGCAUCGGGAGCUAAAAGCGGUACGUUGAAGUUCAUACGUACUCUGGCGAACAUUUCAAAAGACGCAGGCGGUGUCGCUCACAUGCGAUGCGAGGUCGUCGGGGAUCCCCCGCCAACCAAGAUCAAGUGGUACAAGAACGAAGCACCACUCGAGGAGAAGCGACCAAAGAUCACCAUUAAAAAGAUUCACGCUCAGGCACACGAAGACGCCGCAAAGAACAUCGCCGGAAGUAGAUUGAAAAUCACCAAUCUGGACGUUUCCGACGUUGGAUUCUACACUUGUCGCGUGACAAACGGCAAGGAUCAGAUACAAAGCGAGGGAACGCUCCGAGUCGACUCGUCCAAGAGCAGACACGCUCCUAUUCAACCAGACCACCUUCUCGAUCAAACAUCGGUCGACGAUAAGUUCUCGCCCGACAUGACCGGCGGCAGUGAUUUCCUCGACGACAUUAGGCCCGGAGAAGGAUUAGACCUCUCAGGAUCUGGAAUGUCGACGCCGCUCAUCUCCCAUCUGGCAUCGACAAAUUCGUUUAGUAUAUUAUCGCCGAGUCCGCAACCGACUAGUUCUCAAUCUAGUACUACCGACGUCCACGCAAUCGGUGGCCUUAGAAACGUCAAUAUGCAGUUAUCUCCUGGAAGAAAAGACAAUCAUGAAGGAAAAUGCGAGGUGUACAUAGGAAAAACAUGUGCACAAUUUCUGGAGAAUCAAUCGGUGUAUAUUCCAUACCCGAUGACGCAAGAAUUACUCGACGACAAAUUGAUGAAAGCCUUCAAUGUGAUACAAUACUCUAACGAAGUCUCGUUAAAUUGCGAAGGUUACGCAAAACCAUCUCUGUGUUACUCCGCGUUUCCGAUAUGCCGCGACCCUGACAGUAUUCUCAAGCUGAAAAACUCGAAAAGUUUGUUUCACCUUCUAAAUAACAACCAAGGCGGUUUAUCCAAGGACGUCGGCGACGGAGAUGAAGCGGAUGACAUCGAGCGAUCGCAUGGUAUCCCGCGAAAACGGAGCCCAACGUUAGGACCUGGUUCCGAUCCGUACAAGGACGGAAAAUCCACAAAAAAACUCCUCAGUCAAAGCUACGGGGACGUGCAGUCCUCUACCCGAAACGAGAUUAAUCGUAAACUACGAAGGAUUUGUCGAGAGGAGUGCGAAAUGUUAGAGAACGAUCUAUGUAGAAAAGAAUAUGCAAUCGCUAAAAGACAUCCACUGAUUGGACAUGAAGUGCCUUUAAUUAAUUGUCGUGACUUACCAAUGGAAAACACUCCUGAGGCUCGUGAUUGUUUAAGUCUCGGAAUUUCCACGGAAAACAACGUCCAGGAAAACGAUUAUUGUUAUUGGGGAAGCGGAAAGUCAUAUCGAGGUAUCGUGAAGACGAGUAUCAGCGGAAGACCGUGUUUGCAAUGGGUGGCUGACUUCAAUCUUCCGAUCUCUGAUUAUCCCGAAUUGGCUGGCCAACAUUCGUAUUGUCGCAAUCCGGGUAAUUCCGAGUCGCAACCGUGGUGUUACGUUGACGUCAACCAUAUGAUGCAGAAGGAAUUUUGUGAUAUACCUAAAUGCGUUGAAAACUUAUGGAUCUAUGCAGUCGUUGGUUUUGUGCUAACAGGAGGAUUUGUUGUCAUAUUGAUUUGUUAUUGCUGCUGCUAUAGAAGCAGAAAGUCUACGAGGCAAAUGAAUCAUUUACCAUCGAACAAAAUGUUGACGGGUAUACAGUGCGACAAGAAUAUAUACGAUGGAAGACGAAACACGACACAGCCUAUGGAAAUGAGUUCUCUUUUAACUGGCCCUGGUAACACAACCCCCGGAACCGGAACGUUGAGCAGCGGAAGCAGUAGAACGUCCAAUAACAGAGUGCCACAAUUCACCACUAAUAACGUCGUGCUUCUACAAGAACUCGGCGAAGGAGCUUUCGGAAAAGUGUACAAAGGCGAGUUACAGACUGGCAAUAAAUGCGAGCCACCGAUUUACGUAGCGGUGAAGACAUUAAAAGAGAACGCGAGUCCAAAAACUCAGAGCGACUUCAAACGAGAAGUGGAUCUCAUGACGGACCUCAGGCAUCCAAACAUUAUUUGCUUACUCGGCGUGAUAUUGAAAGGGGAGCCUAUGUGCAUGUUAUUCGAGUACAUGACCCAAGGGGAUCUACACGAAUUUCUCAUUUGCCACUCGCCAAGGUCCGAUGUUCCGUUAAACAAUGGAAGUGGCAAGAUUUUAGAGCAACCAGAAUUUCUGCACAUCGCUUUACAGAUCGCGUCCGGCAUGGAAUAUCUAGCGAACCACCAUUACGUCCACCGAGACUUAGCCGCGAGGAAUUGCUUAGUCGGAGACAAUUUAACGGUAAAAAUCUCCGAUUUCGGGUUAUCGAGAGACAUAUACAGUAGCGACUACUACAGAGUCCAAUCUAAGAGUCUAUUACCUGUUCGAUGGAUGCCUCCAGAGUCAAUUGUUUACGGGAAAUUUACGACGGAGUCGGAUGUAUGGAGUUUCGGUGUUGUGUUAUGGGAAAUUUAUAGUUAUGGCUUACAGCCAUAUUACGGUUACAAUAAUCAAGAAGUAAUAGACAUGAUUCGGUCGCGUCAGUUGCUACCUUGUCCCGAAGACUGUCCCACCAUGAUCUACAGUCUGAUGAUAGAGUGCUGGCACGAGGUCGCGAAUCGCAGACCACAGUUUCCAGAGAUUCACCAUCGUUUGCACAAUUGGUACAUAAACCAAACCUAUCUGAGCGAUUUCUGCAACGAGUCCAUAACUAGCUACUCUGGAAGCAGUCACAAGAGCACGAAUAAAACCAAUUCCACUCAGUUGUCGGCGCCGAUAUACAAGUGCGAUCAGAAGGACGUAGGGAAUUUCAAGGUUAACGCGGUGGAGCAAAGUUUCUGUAACACGAACGAUCACAGCAAUGGAUUGAAAAUGCUGCCGACCUACCAGAACGCUAACCCGAUCGAACAGAGGACGAAUUGUGUUUACAGUGAACACAGUACACCCAUCAAGACACCGAUUUAUCCCAACCAGACGAACAUUAAUUUGAACGACUACGACGACAAACAGUGCUGCUCGCCUAAGCUGAGCGGGGCAAAAAAAGUUUUGCCUCCUACGACGCAGUCGGUGGGCAAAAUAAACACGCUGAACGGUACCAGACCAAUGCAGAACGGCGCACAACUAGUCGUCAGGUUACCGGACCCCAGCAAAGUUACAACCGAGACCAGGGUAUCGAAGUAACAACCAUCACGCGGUGAACUCACGACGAAUUUCUAUGUUUCUAUAUGUUUACUGUAAUUGCUGUACAAGGUAUGUAUGGAUAUGGUCCGUUUCUAGGUACAAUUUAAAUCUUCGAAGCUUCGAGUAACGUUCGUUGAAUAGAUUAGGUGCGACCUUCGAUACCGAAUCACUGCCAUAUUUCCGCAUUUCUAUUUAUUUCUUAACCGAGCUACGCAUAAUAUUUUCUACCGGCAAUAACACACUUCGAACGAUGUACAAGCAUUAACGUUUUAUACAUAUAAUACGAGCGACUAUACAUACGUAUAAAUAUAGAUAUAUACAGUGUAGACUGUAGGCUGUACUAUUAACGUUUCCCGUAUUUUUUUAACGUUACUUCUCCAAUUGUAUUUGAAAGUAUUAGGUAUCGUGUUAAUAUGUGUUUAAGCAUAUUCGACAGCACUGGAUAAAUUACGCGUUAAUUUUACGUAAGUACAUGAGUGGCUAUUAAUUCGUAUAUAUUACAUCGCCGUAACAAUAAUAUCGCCGGAUAGCAUUUGACGGAACAAAAUUGUAAAUCAGAUAACGCAACGUUUUUUUUUUUUAUCUGAUAUUUAUUUAUAUUUUUGCACUAACGAAAACCGCGAAUUUUUAACCGAAGUAUCGUUACUCGAAUGUAAUAUACACGUGAUAUCGGCUGUAUUUGUAAUAUUGUGUGCUUACCAGACUGAUAAUAAGUAAUUUUAGUCUUAAACAAUUUGCACAAUAAGAGAUUACCCUCUAUCUAACGAUAAAUUGUUCCCUGCGAAAAGAACAAUUUAAAGCGCGAUCUCAUUGGAAUUCGAUAAACAAUUCUUCCUUGGCCCGCGAUUGUACGCGAACCGCCAUGUUCGAUUCGUUUACGAAGAGGAAAGCAAUUAAAAUCAUAUCGUAUACCAAAAACUGAAUAGCAAUAAUUGUGUUCGCACCAGCAAAAGCAAUUUCAUUCGUAAAUUAAGCGUUACAACUUUUACACUAUCGUCACAUUAUCAUUUUUAUAUCUCACACGUGGGGGUUUUCAUAUCUUAUACGACAAACUGAUGAGAUCACGUACUAUGUUGCUAAUUUAUGGAAGAAUAAUCAUAAAGCGAUUGUGACAAUUAAUACUACGAACAUAACAUUUUAAAAAUGCUCUUACGAUCGUUAGAAGAGAAAGCGAUCUAUGGUCGCGGUGAAUCACGAUUCGACUAGCAUAAUGAACUAACGAUGGACAACCGUGGAGGUUCAACGAUGUUCGAGAAGAAUGUUGUCGAUGAUAUUGAUGUGUAAAUUAUACAGGAUCACUUAUCAUUCGUGUAUAGAGCGUAGAGCAUGCGACCAGCGUUAUUGCACUCGAAUUGUUCAAAGCUAGUACAACAUCCGAAUGAUAGCCGACAGGGUGUGAACAGGAAAUAAUCGAUAACGUUUGGCCUCGAACGAUAGCAUGAAAAUAAUAAUAUCGCGUGUAAGCUAGGUAACAAGAGCCUAGAGAGUGAGAGAGUUUGAAUAAAACUGUAUUAUACUUUUUAUAAUUUUCUAUUAAAAGAAAAUCAGCGAGACGUCUCGUCGACUGCAAGGAAUAGCGUCGACGGAUGUGUCGUUCCCCCAGAAUCGAUGUAAACCAAGAUUCGCGGAGGCGAUUAGAAUAAUCUAUCGAUUAAGUUCAAACGAGACUUUUUGAAAAUGACGAGCCUCCGACUCGGUGUUUGUAUUAUUACUUGUAUCGCAACGCUCCUGUGGCCGUAUCGAAGGCUCGUCAUCGGUUAGACUUAAGUUAACUUAUGUCAACUAUGUCGACGAAGGAUCAUAAACUUAAGACCUUUAUAUAUACAGUCAAGUAUGAUAUAUACGAUCCAUGUUUUUUGUAUGAAAUUUUUUUCAGUAUUUCUUCCCUGUAAUCCUUCAUCAUAAUUCAGCGACUCAUCUUAGAGUAGACUUGUAUAACAAUAAUCCUAUUAUUAUGCAAAAGUUAUAGUCCUCUUCGACCAAAGAACCGAUAACACAAGAGAUAAAGAAGAAAUACGAACGUUGGUU